AUGUCCUAUAGCCGAAACCUGGAGCUGGAGAAGAUUAAUAUCCUUCAGAUGAAGUUGAACUUUAAGGCAGUGGAGGGACAUGAGAAAUAUUUGGGUCUACCUACAUAUAUAGGGAGCUCAAAAAAACGUGUUUUCCAAGUAAUUCAGGAUCGUGUCUGGAAAAAGUUAAAAGGAUGGAAAGGUCAAUGUCUUUCACAAGCUGGCAGAGAGGUUCUAAUUAAAGCUGUGGCGCAGGCUAUACCAUCAUAUGCAAUGCAAUGCUUCAAAAUUCCAAAAAGCAUCAUAGAGGGAAUUGAAAAAAUGUGUCGUAGUUUCUUUUGGGGUCAACAAGCGGAAGAGAGGAAAACGGCGUGGGUUGCUUGGGAAAAAUUGUUUCUCCCUAAGAAGGAAGGCGGUUUGGGUAUUCGAAAUUUUGAGUUUUUUAACCGGGCGCUUCUAGCAAAGCAAGCAUGGCGUAUCCUCACUCAACCGAAUUCGUUGAUGACAAGGGUGCUAAAAAAUAAAUAUUUCCCGAAAAGUACGUUCUUAGAGGCAAAGGUGAGUCCUAGUAUGAGUUUUACGUGCCGUUCAAUUUUUGAGGCUCGGCAUGUGAUUGAAAAAGGGAUGUGUAGAGUGAUAGGGGAUGGGAAGGAUACAAAAUAUGGCAUGACCCUUGGGUGCCAAAGCUGCGGCAGUGUCGGGUUGAAAGCAAGAUGA